GCUAGGUUUGCCCAAAUAGAGAGCCAAAGGGGCCUUUAGGAAGAAGGCUCUUCUCUUGUCUGCGUUCUGCUUCUUCUUUUCUCUCUCUUUGUUCUUUUCGAUUUCAGACUUUGCUUUCAAAUUCAAAUGGCGGCUUCUUCUAGAACUAGAUCCAGUGGACCUGUCUUACAUGUCCCGAACGGGUUUCAGAGAUCGAUCUCUCCGUCGGGAAGGUUCUGUUCGUCGUCGUCGGCGGCUGCCGCAUCUUCGUCGUCGACGGCUUUUGCGUCUUCCAGUUCUAGCUUUUCAUCCCGGUCUACUGCUUUUUUCCAUAGAUCAAUUUCUCCGACUCGUGUUAACAUCUAUGGAUCUGUUCCGUCUGCGCCUUCUGUUCGUUUCUCUAUAGACCGAUCUAUUUCUCCAAGCAGAUCGAUUGCGGUGUCGCCUCGUCAUCAGGUAGUGAAGAAAGGGAGUAAUCCUUUGUCGGCUCCGGCUUCUCAGAGGAGAACGUGUAUGUGUUCGCCGACGACUCAUCCGGGAUCGUUUCGUUGCAGUCUUCACAAAGGUUUCAAUGGUCAUAGCAAUCACCAUCAUUCUGGUUCGUAUCCUUCGCAUCGGUUGAAUGCUCGGAGAUCAGCGAUGACGAAUUCUUUGGUUCGUAUCGGUACUGUUGAAGGCGAUUUGGUUAAGAGAGCUUUGGCUGCUUUGAUCCGACCUUCUUCUCAUCAGCAGAGGAGAAGAGCGGGUUUCCAGCCAAGGCCUAGCAGGCUCUCAGUCAUGUCGAAUGCCGAAGACUCUGUAAUUCAUUGAGCAGGUUCGUUCAUUAUAUUUUCUUAAAAUUCCUCUUAGGCUGCCAGUGUCUGGCCACUGGCGAUGUCAGACAUCGACCGGCAAGGUAGCUCCUUUUUUUGUGUUCUGAUGGAGAGCAUGAGGUGUGGCGUGGAGCAGCAGAUCGACUAACCGUUCGGCACUGUUGAGGCUUCCCCCUUCAUUUGUACUCCGAAGGCGGAGAGACCCAAAAGUCCUUGAAAGCAGAGAGACAGGACCGACCAACAUGUAUAUACAUAUAUAUGAUGCCAAUUUGCUGCUAUUGAUGGCCUAUUGAAGGACA